AUGAAAGAAAAAGUAAAGAAGGAGGAUCCCGCGGGUUACUUAGAUCCCGCAGGCCAGCUCGCGCUUCUCUCCCUGCGGCGGACGGGCACUGGCGCGGCCGGCAGCUGCGCCGUGGCCGUGGACGGCGCCACCAUGCUGGAGGUGUCGGGGCCUGCCGGCCCGCAACAGCCGCUGUCCGGGAAGCAGAGGACCUUGCAGCUCGUGUGUCGAGAUGGCUGCGGAACCAAGGUGGCGGAUGGCACUGUCGGCCACAUGGUGUAUCGGCCACUGCGCAGCUGCCCGGGCAAAGAUGUCCCGCUGCUGCAGAAACUUCUCUGCCGCCUGCGCGGCUCAGACGGCGAGGGCCUCUUUCCUCCGCGGCUUUUUGCCGCGUCCGAGCUUGUGCGCCUUGCCGAGGACUUAGCACAUCUCGAGCUGCACAGCGACGAGGAAGCCCUGAAGUCCCUGGGCCGCGCGCUGCUCCUGCGGAGGCCGGAACUGCAAAGCUCCGAGCUGCAGCUGGCAAAAGGCGCCUUCGCCAUGUUGCGACUCUCACUUCAGCAUGUGUGGGCCUCGGUGGGCACCAAGCAGCUGAAGCGUGGGGGAGCCGUGGUCACCAAGCAGGUUUCGGAGGUGGUGUACUUUGAUGACGACGUGCAUGCCGUCAGGACAUCUUCCCAGCACCAGUCCAACCUGCAUGCGUGCAACUACAUGCCGCACGAGGAGUGCAUCCGAGAGGGUCGCGAGGCCACUUGCCUUGGCCGGCCCGUGCGUCUUCUGUCUGCCAACGGACGGCACGUCGGGCUACAUUGGGCGGAGGAUCUGGAUCCGCCACUGGCGUACGAGAUGACGGAGGAGUGGGAGGACUCCCCGAGGCGCCUGGUCCACGUGUGGCCUCACUUCUGGAUGGGCAAAAAUCGCCUUGUCCGGUCCAUGCUGAAUGCGAUAUUUGGAUUCUACGACCGCCGCAUCUUCGCGCGCAACACGCGCGCGACGCGGCUGGCGGGCCUCGAGCGCGAAGAAGGGCGAAGGUUUCUUGCUGCCCACCACUUGCUGGGCGUCGGCACCCGGCUGCCUGGAGGGCGCCGCUCCUCUCUGUAUGCUCUCCGGGCCGACGGGGAGGUCUUGGCCAUGGCGCUCUUUGGACGUGUUCGGCGUCAUCGCUGCGAGGUGCUCCGCUUCUGCACUGCGGCAGGUUUGCAGGUUCCUGGUGGUCUCUCCAAGCUGAUGACGGCCUUUCUGCGUGAGCAUCCGGAGGUGGGGACCUUGGUGACGGACGUGCCGCGGGACAUGUCUGUAGCCAGCGGAUACCUGAGUUGUGGCUGGCAUCUGGAGGACAAGCUUCCGCCCGAUCACUUCCCAGCCUUGUGGGCCCUGAGAGGCGGUGCCGAGGCGUUUUCGGAGCGUGAUGCUGUGCUACGCGUGCUUGGCCCCGACGCAGCGCCGCUGCUGCAGCAGGCCGGCGAGCACCAGGGGCGAAGCUUUCCCCAUCCGUUGGCUUGGGGCAACCGCCGACCCUGUGACGUUGCCCGUCGAGCUGCGCUUCGUGAGGCUGGCCUCCGGCCCAGCGGAUGUGGCGCCCUGCGGCUGGCGCUGAAGAGAGACCGGGAAACACGCCCAGAGUUGCUGAGUGUUCCACGCCACGGGCAUGCUGAGCGCAAGGCCAUGAUGAAGAUGGACUCAAUCGACGAGUCUAAGGUGACCGUCUACGGCGCUUGCUUCUGCUGCUUCAAUGGGCUCAACCUGGAGAACAUCGAGAUUGGGUGUGCUGCUAAGGAGACGCUUCUUUGCUUGGAGUGGGACUGUUGCCUCAAGUCCAACACGGAGAAGCUCCGCUGCUUCUGCUGCGACCUCCGCAUCGUGAGCCCAACCGUUUGCAUCAAGCAGCAGGGCCAGUUGUGCUGCUUUGUCUCAGCCGCCGCUAUCCCACCUGAUUCGGAGGUGCCCAUGAUGCUUUCCGUCUGCUUCUUGGUCUGCUUCCCCAAGGUCGGCUUCUUCAAGAAGAUCUCUGAGAUUAAGGGCUGA